AAAGGGGGCGGGGCUCAGCGAAAAAGAUGGCUACGGUUGGAGAAGAGAAAGGUUGGACCUUCGAUGCCUUCGAUUCCGGCACUCUACAGUUGGCCGGAAAGAAGGAGAGGGAAAACUACGAGGAGUUUAUCCAGCAGUACACGGAGCAACUGGCCGGGAUCCAGGCAGCUCUGGACGACACGUUUGGCGAGGCCUGGGACUUUUCCCUCGACCCCAUUGCACUACAGGCUGGUCAUUUCGAACAUGCGACGCUAUUGGAACUGAUCCGAACAGAUCACAAGAUUUUGAACAAAGUGGUGACAGUGUUUGCUGCUCUCUGCCUGGAGAUUGAUGAACAUGCUCGCAAGGCUGUGACCAAGUACUACCUCCCCCUACUCCUCUAUGGGGAUGGUGGGACAGGUGAAGAUGGAGUACUGCAAGACGGAGAGGCCCAGCUAAUGAUGGGCAGAAUGCUGCAACUCUUACAGGAUCUGACGAUGUUUGUGAACAGGAUCUCAGAGCUGGUGAAGAGCAUUCUGCAGCAGCUUGCUUCCCUGCACAGCACACAGGCGACUCUAAAUGUGAUGAAUGCUAAUGGAAUCCACUUGACGACGGUUUUUCAUCACAUCGGGAAAGCUCUAGCGAUUCUUGUGACACUCGACCACAUCUUCACCGUUGGAGACACGUUUCGUGAGCAUUGGAACCAGUACAAGAGAGUGCUGACCUCUAUCAAGGGAGCGCCUACAGAGUACGGCAUGGAACCAAGUAGACUUAAACCUUUUGAGAAGCUGUUGCAGAAUCUCGAAGGAAAACUAAUGGAAGGACAGCUCUUCAGGAACUGUGUGACUCAGAUAUUUGACACUCGUGAGGUGAGCGUCACCCAGAAUGGCACGCUGGCAGAGGAGUUUGCCACAAAUAUUAGACUCUUCUUCCUCACCAUUGACCAGAAGAUUGGAGAGCCGAAUGAGUCUGGCCAGAGGCAGGAGGUGAUGGCUCUGUGCUGUCUCCUGGUCCUACAGCACCAGAUAUACAACACCUACGACACAAAACUCACCAAACAAGUGUGGGACCUGCACAAGAAGUUGCCAGUGAUCCACGUGGUGGGAAACCUGCUGUGGUCACACAACGUCUUCAUGCAUCAGAACCUCCCCUACCUCAAGAAGGUGGUGGAGAGGAAGCAGCUGCAACAUCCUGCCGAGUCCAUCAAACUCUACCUCUCAGACCGCGGACCCAACCUACCCAGGCUGGCCCAGAUGUUCUACACGCAGGUGUCUGUGUGGAUGAUUCGAAUGGAGUCCGACCUCACGGGUUCCUCCUCCAGAGACACCAGUGCCAAACAGCUCCACAAGAUCGAGGUCAACUCCAGAGCCUCCCUCUUCAUACAGGGCAUGCUGCUGUCCUACAAUAUCGGGAACCUAGUUCGGACGACGCUCAACCUCCAUUCGGAGCAGGGGAAGCCAAUGACCAGGUCUGGAGUCCUGGCCAUCUGCAAGCUGAUAGAGCUGCUGAAGUGUAUUCAGUACACCUUCCACCGACAGAGCAUGACAGUUGCGACGUACAUCACUCAUAUAGUCAACCACUAUGAGUUGAGCCUUCUUCUCAUGUUGGAGACCUCUAUGCGAUACAUUCAAGACUCACAGGCAAGAGGCUACUCGGAGAGAGCUCUGGACAUUCUGGCAGGACAGACAUUGAUGAAAACCGUUCUCAAUGGACCUGGUACCAAGGAGAGGAGGCUGGUGGCAAGACUAGCCUACCACUUUACACUGCCACAGAAGGAUGACGAAAGGACGCCGAGUCUCCUACGAAAGUUGGACGCAGUCUGUGAACUAAGACUCAGAGUGCAGCAGAUGUGUGAUUGCAGCUUUCUCUACUGGCAUAAGGAUGUUCUGGUGCCACUCUACCUGACUGACAUCUAUGAACAUCCAACUGACUCCCACAGACUACACUACAUGUUCACUGCCCUGCGAGACUGUGUCCCUUCCAUCAAAUGGAGCAGGCACCAAGAGAGCCCUGCUGUACUCCUAGAUCUCUUUGACAAAGAGGUGAGCGGUCACAUGAAGAGGUGUGUCCUGGAGCCACUGUGUCAGGACGUGGAGAAGGACUUGAGACUCAGUUCUCAUCUUCAUCUUCAGCUGGACGACCGCAACCCUUUCAAGGUUGGGCUGCACGACCUAAAACACUUCAUGGAAGUGAAGCCGAUUCGGUUCUUCGACAGACACAUUGACAUCCGAGCCCAUGUGACCCACUAUCUGGACACCACGUUCUACAACCUGACUACGGUGGCUCUUCACGACUGGAAGACGUACGGUGACAUGCGAAGCCUCGCGGAGGAGAAGUACGGCCUCGUCAUGAUGGAGCCGCACCUUCCCUCUGCCACUCUAGAGCAGGGUCUGGAUGUGUUGGAGAUAAUGAGGAAUAUCCACGUGUUUGUGGCUAACUACUCAUACAAUCUCAACAACCAGAUAUUUGUGGAGAGGCAGUCAAACAACAAACACCUCAACACCAUCAACAUCCGCCACAUCGCAAACUCCAUUAGGACCCACGGAACUGGCAUCAUGAACACCACCGUCAACUUUACCUACCAGUUUCUGCGGAAGAAGUUUUUCAUCUUCUCUCAGUUCAUGUAUGAUGAAUAUAUCAAGGCCAGACUCCUCAAGGAGAUUCGAUUCUACAAGGAGACAAGGCUACAGAUUGAGCAGCGGUAUCCGGUGGAGAGAGCAGAGAAGUUCAAUAAAGUCAUCCGUAAACUGGGAGUCAGUCCAGACGGCCUCAGCUACCUCGACCAGUUCAGAAUCCUCAUCACACAGAUUGGCAAUGCCAUGGGGUACAUCAGAAUGAUAAGGUCAGGUGGUCUACACUGCUGCAGUAAUGCCAUCAGGUUUGUUCCAGAUCUGGAGGACAUUGUUGAGUUUGGUGAGAUGGUCCAGAAAGCUGACAUGCCUUCUGAAGCUGUCACUGCAUCCAAGAUCUUUGACUCUGUGGUGGGCAAUCUUGCCAAGAACUUUGCAGAGGGCACCGAGUACUUCAAGCUGCUGGUUGACGUGUUCAGCCCAGUCUUCCGGAAUCCGAAAAACAGACACUUGCAGAAUUUCUACAUGGUCGUACCUCCACUGACGCUGAACUAUGUGGAGUACAUGAUGGUGGCAAAGGACCGUAUGAACAAGAAGAACAAGCAGGGAGCUUCCUUCACUGAUGAUGGAUUCUCUAUGGGUGGUGGCCUACAUCCUGAAGCUGGUGGACCAGUACCAUGCAUUUGACUCUCUCCACUGGUUCCAGUCAGUUCACGCCAAGUACAGAGCUGAAAUGCAAGCAGUACAGAGAAGUGGUGAGAGGAAUAGAUCAGACGAGAAGCUCCAGCAGACCAUACAACUGUCCAUCAAGAGACUGGAGAGCUACCAGAGGGAGUUUGAGCUACUCAACUACUCGCUGAGCAGUGCCCGGAUAUUCUUCAGAGCAGACCUCACGGCUGAGGAGGAGACGAAGCAGAAGAAGGACAAAGAGGCUGCGGCUGCGGCUGAAGGAGGAGGAGAAGGAGGAGAAGGGUCUUCCGGACCGCCACCACCACCUCCACCAUCUGCUGAUACCUCUGGAGGAGGAGCUCCCCCUCCCCCACCACCACCACCUCCUCCCCCUAUGUGACAAGUCACUCUACCAGAGACACACUUUUUGCUCGUUGUUGUGGUUUAUUAAAAAUUAAGCGCAUGUGUAUUCGUAAGUCUACGCGCGCGCGAUUAACGUUAAUUGUUGGAAGUUAUGCGCAUGCGUGCGAUCCAUUAAGAUGAAAGCAACGCCCACUUUUAUAAGCUGCUUUAUGACAAUAAAACCUGCAUUCUAAACAGUAUAAUUAGUGUGUAAAGCUGCUGAAUCCUAGUACUACUGACUAUAAUCAUGGCGUUCCUACGGAUCAAGCUGCUGGAGGCGAUCGUGGACCACAUAAAGCCGACUGAUCCCACUUGCUCCGUCAACAUCAAAGAGGCCGUGGCGGGAGGAGAUGGGAGCGUCACGCUGGAGCAGCGGAAGAAUACCUUCUGCCCGGACUGGGAUCGCUGCUUCGACUCCCACCUGAAGCCCGGGCGACGGAUGCAGAUCAUAGUCAACGAUCGCGUUGAGUCGUCCCUCCGCCCGCUGGCCGAAGUCACGGUGGAGACGGAGGCGUUGGCGACGGAGUGCAUGGCAGAAGAGGAAGGCAGUGCCGUAAAACUUGCUUUGGACAUGAGACCAUCUGGGAAGAUGAUUCUCCAGAUAAAGCUCUAUGGACGAGAACAUAUAGAAGGGCAAGACCUGGCAGUACUGACUCCAGAGUGGAAGGAAUCUCUCCCAAAGAAUGCCACGGCAUUGCGAGGAAGACGAGGAGCCAUGCACGUCAAACAGGCCCACGUGGAGGAGAUAAAGGGACACCAGUUUGUCAAGAGGUUCUUCCGACGAGCAAUUUACUGCUCCCUGUGCCACGAAUUCCUCUGGGGUUUUACAAAGCAAGGCUAUCAGUGCCAAGUGUGCCACUAUACAGCUCACAAGAAGUGCACAGGCUCAAUCCUUGCCAAAUGUACUGGAGCUACUGGCGAUGACACCCACUCUAAGGUACAGUUGUAGUAUAUCACCCAUCGACGCUGUAUUGUAGUCCCGUGACUGAUACACACGCCCAAAGCCUACAGUUUUAGUCUAGGUUCACAAUGACGAAUAAUUGGACGAGUUAUGUAGAGUAAUACCAUAACACAAAGCUCAAUGCCCCAAAACUGGCAUGUGGUAUUUUUCAAAAUCAGUCCUUCCCAUCUGACCAUACUAUAUAUGUGGCGAGACUCAGUCCUUAGAUGGCUAAUGAGGGGGCGCGGGAGAGGAUGAGUCGCUGCAAGGAACCACUGUUUACACUCAUACAGAAGCACCGCAGUACUCAAACAGACCAUGAUAGGUCCACAGAAACAUCCCUUUGUUCCUCAGGGAAAGGUUCAAGAUUGACAUGCCCCAUCGGUUCAAGGUGCACAAUUUCCUCGGCCCCUCUUUCUGUGAUAUGUGUGGGCAAAUGAUGCACGGGAUCUUCCGCCAGGGAGCCAAGUGUACAGCGUGUGGGGUGAGCUGCCACAUCCGCUGCCAGAAGAACAUGCCCCCGCUGUGUGGAGUCAACGAGAAGAUGUUGGCCGAGGCCCUCAAGAGUGUCGACGAACUCAAGAGAAAUAGAAGAUUGUCGGCAGGUUCAGAGCCAGCGACCACUCCGGGGAGUCCCAGUGCCAAGCCCCUCCCAGCUGUCCCCGAGGGGGAGUCCGAAGAGUACAUAGAGGUCACAGAAGCCAUGACUCGAGCUGUGUUAGGACGUCUCCCCGGACAACGCGGAGCCCCGCCCAUUCCUCCCCGGACCUACAGCCAGCGAGGACCGACCACCAACGGCCACAUCACCCCGGGCAGUUUCCACGGCUACAGUCGACCGACCAUGAAGAAAUACAGACUGGAACAGUUCAAGUUUAUCAAACUACUCGGAAAAGGAAGCUUUGGGAAGGUGUUGCUGGCUCAGCUGGAGGGCAGCGAGCAGUACCUUGCCGUCAAGGCCCUCAAGAAAGACGUGGUACUGGAAGAUGACGACGUGGAGGCCACCAUGGUGGAGAAGAGACUUCUGGCACUCGGCUGCAGCCACCCCUUUCUCACCCAUCUACACUCCACCUUCCAGACUCCCAGUCACCUGUUCUUUGUGAUGGAGUACCUGAAUGGCGGGGACCUAAUGUACCACAUACAGAUCUCUCACAAGUUCAAACUUCCCAGAGCCAGGUUCCAUGCAGCAGAGAUACUCUGCGCUCUGCAGUUCCUUCACAAGCAAGGCAUUAUAUACAGAGACCUGAAGUUGGACAAUGUGAUACUGGACUCUGAGGGUCACUGCAAACUGGCCGACUUUGGCAUGUGUAAGGAGAACGUCAUUGGAUACGCCACAGCCGGCACCUUCUGCGGAACUCCUGACUACAUAUCACCGGAGAUCAUAAAGGGGAAAGAGGUACACAUUCUCCGUGGACUGGUGGUCUUUUGGAGUCCUCUGCUAUGAGAUGAUUACUGGCCAGUCUCCAUUCAGUGGAGAGGAUGAGGACGAGUUGUUUGACUCCAUCUGCAACCAUCAGGUCUCCUUCUCUCGCUACCUCGACCAGACCACCAUCAGCUUCCUCGACAAGUUGCUGCAGAGAGACCCGGGCGAGAGGCUGGGCUGCAUCGAGGACAAGGAGAAGAUCAGGGCCCACGCUUUCUUCAGAGAGAUUGACUUUGUCAAGCUGGAGGCCAGAAAACUGAAGUCGCCCUUCAAACCCAAUGUGAAAGGGCCGUCGGAUGCCAGCAACUUUGAUGAUGAUUUUACCUUCCAGCCAGCCCAGCUCACUCCCACCGACACCACAUUGGUCAUGUCCAUCGACCAGACAAACUUUGCAGGCUUCUCCUUCACUAGCGACCUCUAUUCCAAACUUCACUGACGUUUUAACACUAGCUCAAGCUAUUGCUAUUGAUUGUGAUUCCGCAUAAAGCUCAGCUAUAAGUAGAGCAUCUUUCGUUUUGUAAGUUUUGUAAAUCUGCUAUAAUGUACAGUAUGCCGACGAUGUGUUUUUAACUGAUGUGAUCAUUUUUUAUCAUUCUUGCCUGAUUUUAAUGUACAAAACUAAAAGUUGUAUUUGUGUGAGCUACAAAAACA